AGCCCCCCUCCAGAGGCGGAAGGUGGCUGCCAGGGCUUGGCUCUGUGCUUCUGCAGGAGGGAGGGGCCGCGGAGCCCAGUUUCCUGUGUGCUGAGUCAGUGCCCCAGGGGGCGGAGACGGCCCCGCAGUUUGAGGGGCAGCUGGGGGCUGCCAGGAAGCCGGUGCAGAGGCAGCAGGCCGGCCCCCGGAGCUCUGUGAUGCCAGCAGAAGCGUCCCUGCUGAGACGACAACACCUCUGCACCCUCAGCAAGUCGGACACCAGACUGCACGAGCUGCACCGGGGCCCCAGAGGCUGCCGAGGCCCACGGCCUGCCAGCAUGGCUAUCUUGCGCCCACAGUGGCUGGAUGUGUCUAGAAGCACCAGCAGACCCUUGGCAGCCUUCUCACACUGGGAACUGCCCCGGGCAGUGCCGGCUGCCACCUCACCCUCCAUCUGCCCUGAGGCCACCUAUUCCAAUGUGGGGCUGGCAGCAAUCCCCAGGGCCAGCCUGGCAGCCAGCCCCGUGGUAUGGGCAGGGGCACGGCUGACAAGCAGCUAUGUGAGGCCUGGGCCUGAGGCCAGACUGGAGGUGGCUGAGUAUGCUUGUAUCCAGAAGCUCAAGGAAACAGAAGAAGGCACCCAAAGCCUGGGGCAGGGGAAGGCAGAGCUGACCCCAGCUGCCCAGGUUGACAUCCUGUACUCCAGAGUCAGGAAGCCUAAGAAGAGGGACCCAGGACCUGCCCCAGACCAGCUGGACCCCAAGGGGAGGGGAGUAAUCCCAGCUCUGGAAAGUGACCAGUCCUAUGAGACCCUCCCACUCAGGGGCCUGGGCAAGGAUGAUGGCCUCUUUGAAAAUGUGUAUGAGAGUAUCCAGGAGAUGGGGACCCUCCCACGGAGCACCUGAGCUCUCCAGCUCUGGCUGUUAACAGGGGCGCACCUCUGCAGGGCGCGGAGGCUCCUGGCAUCCCCCAUUCCCUGCCCCCCCCCCCCAAGUUGGCAGCACAAAGUCCAGAUCCCAAAUCUUCCAGCCUGUGAGGUCCCUGGGGGUCCUGGCUGCUGUGGCCUCUUGGAUUCUCCCAAGGUCUUAAUAAAUCUCCAGCCUAGGGAAGAUCCGUACAGCCUAUUUUUCUCGAAGGCCUGGGCAGGUUGGCAGGGAGUGUCUGGAAGGGCCCCCCUGCCCGGGGUGUCUGGGCCCCGUCGCCUGGGGCUGGUUAGUUCCGGAAGACUGUGGCGAAGGGAGGCGAGUUCUGGGGUGGUGUCCCCGUGCCAAGUCGGUCUUAGCGCGUUGCAGCCGGCCCGCAAACUGACCGCCCCAGGGUGGGACUUGGACCCUGAACACCGGGGCAGGGCCCCGCCGCCCAGCCCCCGGUGUUACAUAAGGCGCGCGGGUGGGUGGGCAGUCGUGCGUUACAGAACAACCUGCUCCCGGGAAGCCCGCCAAGGGGACGCGGCCCCUUCCCGGGAUCCGGCAGCUCUGCGCGCAGCAAAACCCCCAAGAAAGCCGGCCCUGCCCGGCGGCGGGGGCGCACGGGCAGCCCGGGCUCCUAGGGGCGAGGGGCCGACCCGCACUCGCCGCGCCGCGAGCGCGGCCCUUU